AUGGCAUCGCCCUCAAUGCUUCACCGAGCCUCCUCACGCCUCUCCCUCCGCCGAAAAUCCACAUCCAGCAGCGCCAGCACCGCAACACCUCCUGUCCCAUCCGUGCCGCAACCUUACAGCUCAACAACGACCAACUCAUCCCGCACCUCCCAAAUCCCACGCCAGAACAAGCCCGGCCGUGUCCUCGACGCUCCAAUCUACCACUACCACAAAACCAUGACACCCUCAAUAGACGACCUCUACGACCAACUCGCAACCACAGCCAAAGGCUUCAUAGAAUCCACCAACGCCGCCACCCCUCGCGAUAACAACCCCGACUACGAUCUUAUCCGCAGCUACGCAGCGCCCCACUUCCGCAUCGAAUGGGCGCCCAAACUCUUCGCUCGCUCCUCCCCCGUGCUACGCGAAGCCAAAGAUAUCGACGGCUUCCUAUCCCACAUCAAGACCAUGUCCGCCAACCUCUCCACCUGGGCGAUCCUCAUCCAGGACUUGUUCGUCGAUACGAGACGGAGGAGUGUAGUGGCCAGGGCGGAUUUCUGGAUGCUCCCGAAUGGAGGGGAAAAGGUGUGUAAUGAUAUUGUCUUCUUUAUGAAGAUGGACCAGAGCGGGGAGAAGAUUGUUGAUUGUACGGAGUAUGUGGAUCCGGAGGCUAGUAAGGUUAUUCGGGAUAGGAUUGCGGCGAGUAGGUGGGAGGGAGGUGGUGGGGUUGGGAGUGGGAAGGUGCCGCCUGCCGUUAAUGGGGCGAGGGGUGAUGAGGGGGAUCGUAUUGAGGUUGCGAGGAAGUGA